AUGGAAGUGGCAUAUAUCGAGGAUGUAAACCAUGUUAGUAAAACAAACGCAAUUGAUUUAGGAAAGAAAGGUUCAGACGAACCAUUGGAAGUGGAGCUGAACGAGUACUUGACCAAAUUCUUAGAUAUUUCCGAGAAUUCUAAAGAUACAGAUAAAAAGGAAAAAGAUAUGUCGUUGAAAGAAGGUUUGAAAACAUUUCCUAAAGCUGUUACGUGGUCUGUUAUAUUAAGCUCUACUUUAAUAAUGGAAGGGUACGAUAAAAACCUUAUUAAUUCACUUUAUACAGUUCCGGCAUUUGCUGAGAAAUACGGUGAUUGGUUUGAAGAUAGCUCACAAUAUCAAAUACCUGCAAAGUGGCAGAUUGCUCUAAGUAUGGGUGCUUAUGCUGGCGAAAUUAUAGGUUUAUUUAUUGCUGGGAUUAUUGCUGACAGAAUCGGUUACAGAAAAACACUUAUGGGGGGGUUGGCUCUCGUAACAGGCUUAAUUUUUAUCGUCUUUUUUGCGACAAAUAGGGGAAUGUUAUUAGGAGCACAAAUUCUUUUGGGGAUUCCAUGGGGAGCAUUUCAAACUUUAUCAGUUACUUACGCUUCCGAAGUAUGUCCCUUAGCUCUUAGGCUCUAUCUUACAACAUAUGCUAAUUGUUGCUGGGUAAUCGGUCAAUUAAUUUCAGCAGGAGUUCUUCGGGGGUUUGUUUCCAACAAUUCAGAAUUAGCCUACCGUAUUCCCUUUGCUAUUCAAUGGGUAUGGCCAAUUCCCAUUAUCAUAGGUAUAUUUUUUGCACCAGAAUCCCCAUGGUGGCUCAUAAGAAAGGAAAAAUAUAUUGAAGCUAAGAAUUCUAUCAGAAGAUUACUUAGUAUUAAUAAAAAUUUACUAAAUAAAGAAGCCAUGGCUGAGGCUAUGUUAAAUAAGAUGAAAAUGACUUUAAGACAAGAGUCUGAUAUUGCUAUAGGGUCAUAUCUGGAUUGCUUCAAGGGAACAGAUCUUCGUAGGACUAUGAUCGCAUCAGUAACAUGGUUGGUACAAAGUUGUACUGGUUCAGCUUUAAUUGGAUACUCGUCUUAUUUUUAUCGUCAAGCUGGUCUUGCUGCUAGUAUGUCAUUUACAUUUACUAUAAUCCAAUAUUGCUUAGGAAUUGCGGGUACGCUCACAGUUUGGCUUAUUUCUCAACGUGCAGGAAGAUUCACCAUAUAUUUCUACGGUUUAUCAACAAUGUUUGGUCUUUUGUUUGUGGUCGGAUGUCUUGGUAUUUCAAAUACAGAAGAAACAGCUUAUGCAGCAGGAUCAUUCUUAUUAAUUUACACUUUCGUUUAUAACACUUGUGUCGGUUCAAUGUGCUAUUGUAUUGUCACUGAAAUACCUUCAAUUAGACUUCGGGCUAAAACAGUAGUGAUUGCUAGAAAUGUCUACAACGUGUCCAGCAUUUUGGUUUCUGUUAUUACUCCUUAUAUGUUAAAUCCUACAGAAUGGAACUGGAAAGCGAAAACAGGAUUUUUCUGGAGUGGUUUUGCUUUACUUAGCGCUAUUUGGUGCUGGUUCGAGUUACCCGAAACUGAAGGUCGAACAUUUGCAGAAUUAGAUCAACUAUUCCACGAGAAAACAAAUGCGCGAAAUUUCAAAAAGAAAGAGGUUGAAGUAUUUAAUGCAGAACGUCUUUUUUCUAAAUUUGGUAAGGAAGGAAUAAAAACUUUUAUUGAUCAAAGGAAUACCAACCUUUCAGAUAAGGCUUAA